AGAUUACUUAAUUAAAAGUAAACUCUCUCUGUUCCCAUAAUCAUCAAUCAGCCAACAAUGGUAUCUUCUCUAUCCUUUCAUUCAAUCUCCACCGUCAACGGUGGCCGUUCCACCUUCCGGCGUAAUAACCGCCGUCGAUUCGUAGCAACUGGAGUGAGCUGCAGAGGACAGAAUCCUCCUAGUAACGAGUCGUCUCAGACAACAAGUAAAGGAGAAGGCGUCCCCCCGGAGAAUGUUCUACUCAAAAUCGCUUGGUACGGAUCAGAGCUACUCGGAAUCGCUGCUUCCGCUUUCAGAUCUCCGCCCUCUCCUCCUCCUAAUAAUACAAGGGCUGUCCCUGACUACGAGAUUCCGGUCGAUUGUUCGGGACGAGCCGUUCGUGUUGCUGUCGUGGACUUUAUUAAACAAGACUUCAAGCGGUCGUAUUUCGUGACAGGGGACUUGACGCCGGCGGUUUACGAGGAGAAGUGUGAGUUCGCUGAUCCUGCUGGUUCCUUCAAGGGUCUUGCUCGUUUCAAAAGGAAUUGUACUAACUUCGGAUCUCUCAUUGAGAAAUCCAAUAUGAAGCUCAUGAAAUGGGAGAACUUCGAGGAGAAAGGAGUUGGGCAUUGGAAAUUUAGCUGUGUCAUGUCGUUUCCAUGGAAACCCAUUCUCUCAGCUACUGGAUACACUGAGUAUUACUUCGACGCAGAGUCCGGGAAAAUAUGCAGACAUGUGGAGCAUUGGAAUGUGCCUAAGAUUGCUCUGUUCAAGCAACUACUGAGACCUAGCCGUGGACUUAUGGGGACACAAAACUAGCAGGAGGAGGAGGAUGAUGAAUGUUGCUGAUGUCACUUUUUUUUUAGAUUUUACAUGUUUAGUAAAUAUAUAUUAAAUUCCACUUCUGAAACUAAUAUGGAUUCUGUACUACUGUGCGUUUGUAAUUAAUCUAUUGAGAAGGCAUAUGCAUUUGC